AUGUCCGAUGUUAUUCUGCCUGUCGUCAACCUCGACGUAUUUCUCUCCGCGUCCCCAGAUUCUGAGGAGUUCGCGAAGGAGUGCAAGAAGGCCUCUGAUGCACUGAUCACCUUCGGCGCCCUCUUGUUGCACGACUCGCGUGUAUCUGAGGAAGAUAACGCUACUUUCCUUGACUUGAUUGAGGACUACUUCGCCCAGCCCGAGAAGCUCUUGAAGGAAGAUGAGCGCCCGGAGCUUGGGUACCAGGUCGGUGUAACGCUUGAGAACACCGAGAAGCCCAAAUGCGCCGCAGACGAGCCCUGUCUCAAAGUGAUCGCCCGUCUCGACCCUGCGGAGCGCCCUCUCGACAUCACUGCGCACUCCCCGGAUCCGAAGUGUCGCUUCUUCUGGAAGAUGAGCGAGAAGCCGCCGUAUGAGACCCAAUAUCCCGGUUUGAACGCACCCAACGUCGUCCCGAAGGCUGAGAGUAUCCGCGACCGCUGGACGCCUGUUAUGGAGAAAUGGGGGACUUCAAUGAAGACUGCGGUGGAGAGCCUGGCGGAGAUGGCAGCCAUCGGGCUUGGCCUUCCCCGACAGACCUUCAAAGAAGCCGGUAGAUAUGGCCCCCAUCUGCUUGCCCCCACCGCUUCCGAUCUGGUCAAGUAUGGCGAGAAGGAUACCAUCCUCGCCGGAUUCCACACGGACCUCAACUUCCUGACUAUCCACGGUCGCUCGCGUUACCCUGGCCUGAAUAUCUGGGCACGCAACACCGGAAAACGCAUCGCGGUCAAGUUUCCCCCGACAGGCCGGUACCUCCUCGUGCAGGCUGGGAAGCAGCUUGAACACCUCAGCGGAGGCCUUAUAAAGGCCGGAUUCCAUGAGGUUGUAGUCAACGAUGCGACACUCCAGGCUAUCCAACGGAGGAAGGCUGAGAACCCAGACAGGCCGCUGAUCCGGAUCUCUUCGACGUUCUUCUGGCACCUGUCUUCGGACUACGACCUGGCCCCCAUUCCGGAACUGCGGGAGAAGGCACGCUCUGUCAGGGCCGACAUCAUCAACCUGGGAAAGGUCGAUCUCGAUGAGGAGACGACGUACGAGCCGAUGAAGGUCGGCCAGCAAGUCCAGAACGAGCUGCGCCAUAUUGCGCUCAUGGCUUGA